GCUCCACAACUGUAUUUCAGCGCAAUUAUUUUUGGCAGAGCUUGGAGACGGACAGCAAAACAACAGCCACAACAGGAGGCACCAACACACGUUUCGUCUGUAUUUGUCAUUGUCUCGCAGCUGUGUUUCAUCCUCAACCCAAUGUCUGUAUGUAAUGUAUUUGACUUAGCAGAGUGUGUGAUAACACGGUAAGGGAUGCUGUAACCAUGACAACAAGAGAAAGCGCUCUGACACCGAACCUCCUAAUGCGCACGUGUGCACGUUACGGGGAGGGAUUACGUCCGUAGAACAGGACGCUGCUGGUAGGAAGUAACGAUGAAUUAUUCGCAAUUUGCAGUUUGGGGAUUUUUUCCGUUAAAACCGGAUAUUUACUUCGACGUGGUGCGUUAUCGUCAGUGACAACGCAACAUAUGUUAAUUUAGCAGCAGGAUACGCGAUGACACCUCAGCCCCGAGUCUCGACGGACUCGAUCUUUGCUGGAUAGUUUCUCUUCAUCAGUUCUACCGUAGCUGCUUUGUAGCAGCGCAGCGGGUCCUCUGCACAACAAGAGACGGGUGGUCGACACUAUGAUGAGGCCUGACUGUCAGAAGGGCGACGACAUUUGACCAUCAGACAGAGACAUGGCGACCCAGCUGGGGGUGUUCUCCUCUCCCUGCGUGUCCUCUAGCGCCUACUCGCGCUCCAAGAGGCUCAAGGUGGAGAACCCUGGCUGGGACGGGGCCCACCCGCUGGGGGACCACCCCAGCGGGUGCUACCAGCCCAGUCCCAGCCAGGCCCCCGGCUCCGGCUCCAACCACCAACAGGCGUACACCUCCACCACCCAGGGGCCCCCACCCCCUCUCCAGCCGCAGGGGCCCCCCAGAGAGCAGACGGUGGUGCGCGCGGCCGACAGCACCGGAAGCCUCCGCGGCCCUCCGUCCUCCACCUCCUCCUCGUCCUCCUCGUCCUCCUCUUCGGCCUCUUCCUCCUCCCUCCGCCGGGCCAAGGAGGCUCCGGUGGCUCCGCCCACGGCGGCGGCGGCGGCGGCCCCGCCCGGCGACCUCUACGCCCGGCAGCAGUACGGCCUGAAGAGGAAGAGCGAGGAGGCGGACAGCAGCGACAGCGUGCAGAUCCUGGAGGAGCUCUCGGCGCCCGUGGUGACCAACAACCGCCUCGCCGCCGCCGCUGCUGCUGGCGUGGGCGGAGGGGGUGGCGGUGGAGGAGUAGGCGGAGGCACCGCCGCCGCCGCCGCCACCACAACCACGGGGACCCAGUCCUUGGCGCACUCCACCUCGGCGGCGAAGAGCAGCAGCUCCCACAGCGAGGGGGACUACCAGCUGGUGCAGCAUGAGAUCCUGUGCUCGGUGGCCCACAGCUACGAGGUGCUGGAGUUCCUGGGGCGCGGGACCUUCGGCCAGGUGGCCAAGUGCUGGAAGAGGGGCACCAACGAGAUCGUGGCCAUCAAGAUCCUGAAGAACCACCCGUCCUACGCCCGCCAAGGACAGAUAGAGGUGAGCAUCCUCAGUCGGCUGAGCACGGAGAACGCAGACGAGUUCAACUUUGUGCGCUCCUACGAGUGCUUCCAGCACAAGAGCCACACCUGCCUGGUGUUCGAGAUGCUGGAGCAGAACCUGUACGACUUCCUCAAGCACAGCAAGUUCAGCCCCCUGCUGCUCAAGUCCAUCCGGCCUGUGCUGCAGCAGGUGGCCACGGCGCUGAUGAAGCUCAAGAGCCUGGGUCUGAUCCACGCCGACCUGAAGCCAGAGAACAUCAUGCUGGUGGACCCCAUUCGCCAGCCCUACCGCGUCAAGGUCAUCGACUUCGGCUCGGCCAGCCACGUGUCCAAGGCCGUGUGCUCCACCUAUCUGCAGUCGCGCUACUACAGAGCCCCAGAGAUCAUCCUGGGACUGCCGUUCUGUGAAGCCAUCGACAUGUGGUCGUUGGGCUGCGUGAUCGCUGAGCUGUUCCUGGGAUGGCCCCUCUAUCCCGGGGCCUCGGAGUAUGACCAGAUCCGCUACAUCUCACAGACCCAGGGCCUUCCGGCGGAGUACCUGCUGAGCGCCGGGACAAAGAGCAGCCGCUUCUUCAACAGGGGGCCUGACGCCAGCUACCCCCUGUGGAGGCUCAAAACACCCACAGAACAUGAGGCGGAGAUGGGGAUCAAGUCCAAGGAGGCGAGGAAGUACAUCUUCAACUGUCUGGAUGACAUGAUGCAGGUGAACAUGACCCACCUGGACGGGACGGACGUGCAGGCGGAGAAGGCGGACCGCCGGGAGUGCAUCGACCUGCUGAAGAAGAUGCUCACGCUGGACGCGGACAAGAGGGUCACGCCCAUCAAGACCCUCAACCACCCCUUCGUCACCAUGAGCCACCUGCUGCCCUUCCCCCACAGCUCCCACGUGAAGUCCUGCUUCCAGAACAUGGACAUAUGCAAGCGUCGAUGCACCGCCUUCGACAACAACAAGAACCUGUUCGCUGGCAACAGCGCCCCGAGUGGUGCGGCCAACCUCACUGUGACCUUCAGCAGCCAGCUCAACCAGCACAGCCAGAUGGCCUCCCCCAGGGGCCCGUCUCUGUCCCUGAGCAGCACCGUGCCGCUGCUCAACUACCCGCCUGGCCUCUACCAGCAGGCCACCAUCAACAUCCCCGGCCUGGCCCCGCAGAGCAGAGCCCCCCAGCUCUGCGGCCAGGCCGAACCCUUCCAGCAGACCCUCAUCGUCUGCCCGCCCACCCUCCAGGGUCUGCAGCCCUCCAACAAGCACUCUGGCUACCCAGUGAGGGUGGACAACUCUGUUCCCCUGGUCCCCCAGAGCCAGCCCCCGCAGCCCCUCCACAUACAGCCCAGCAUGUUGGCCCAGCAGGGCUGGCCCGCUGGGACCCAGCAGAUCGUCAUCCCUUCCAGCUGGCAGCAGAUGGCGCUCCACGCCCCAGGCCAGGCGCUGGUCUCUGACCCCCCCAUGGGGGCUCCACACACCUGGCGGGGUCGUCAUGGCAGCCAGUAUGAUAAUCAGCAGGAGCUCGCUGCGGGGCGUCACGGCUCCACCCUGAACCACCACCCCUCCACCGCCUCCUCCACACACCCCAGAGCCCAGCAGGCCAGGAGGUCCAAGGCGCGGCAAUCGGACUGCAGAGCCAGGCCCCCCUCUGGGGACCGCUCCCAGCCCAUCGUCAUCUCCGACACGCCCAGCCCAGCGGCGAGCAUCAUCACCAUCGACAGCGACUCCGACGAGGAGGAGGAGAGCAAGGUCCUGGCAGCCUGCUCCAGGCCCAGCCAGCGGACCAACGUGAUCAGCUGUGUGACAGUGCACGACUCCUCCGACUCUUCCACAAGCAGCCCCCUGAGCCCCCAAGCGGGGCCCCAGGCCUCCAAGUGUCUGGCCGUCAUCAUGCCCACUGUGAAGAGCCAGCCCGGGGACGCCUCAAGCAUCAGAGCAGCAGACCCGGCUCCGAGCGGCUCUGCUAAGUCCAAGAAGGACUCGACGCAGGUCAGCCAGUCAGCCGGGGACUCUACAGCCGAACGCCAUCAGCAGACAAAGUGGAGCAGAACUCAGCCUCUAAACCUCAGUCAGCUCCAACCAACCGUCCUGUCCUCGUCGCUGGACCCACUGGGAGGAGGUGGCAUCGGCAGCGGGGCCCUGAGGCCGCGCCCGCCCAACUACCCAGCGCCCGUCUCCCAGUCCCACUACCGGCUCCACGACACCGCCCUCUUCAGCUCGGCGCCCGGCCUCUACGCCUACCCGGCCUCCGCCGCCCUGGCCUCCGUCUCCCAGACCGUGGACCAGAUGCAGGGGGCCUCGUCAAGCCUGGCCCGGGCCGGCGGGGCCUACGCCUCCGUGGGGCUGCUGCCGAAGAACGGGGGCCUGGCGCUGGGGGGGCCAAUGCCCGGGCCCUACGGCAGCAACCUCAACCACCACCACCACCACCUCCACCAGCAGCAGCAGCAGCAGCUGGCUGGAGCGCACUUCCAUCACUCAAGUGCCCCCUACCCACGCAAGCUUAACCAGUAUCCUUUCCUGUGAGGAGUCCACAGGCCAGGGGCCGUCUCUUGUUCACAAGACCAGGAGGAGGAGCCCACUGAGAGGUCAUCUCAAGGGGACCAGGAGGGUGGCAAUCUUAGGUCGUCACAUGGGGACCGACCAGUUGGAGAGAAGUAUGAGGUCAUCACACGGGGACCAGGAGACAAGGCGUUUACAAUGUGUUUUAAAGUCCUUUUUUUUUAUAAUUUUUCUCUUUUAGGAAAUCAAAUGUGAAAUUGAAUAUUGCAUAACAAAUAUAUUUAACUUUGUUGGCUGUACAUUGUUAAUUAUUUGUUUACAUUUUAAUGUAUCUUGCCUGUUUAAUUUUUUUAAAGAUCUAUAUGUAAAAUAAAACUGUGAGGUUGAACCUUUAGCACUUAAUGUCAUGGACAAUGAUUAGUGGACUUUGCUUUUAUUCUGAAUAUAUAGAAGUGCUUGCAAUCUGCAAACACAACCCACUUGCCUUACUUAAUUCUCUAUGGCAACAUAUUGUGGUAAUAUAAAUAUGCGUUAAGUGUGAGCAAUGUUUAUUUUUCUUCUAUUGUCUAUUUUACACUUAUGAAUGUUUGUACUGUAUGUAAGUAUGUACUGUAUGUAACUGGUAUCCUAGAUACAAAAUAAGUAUAUACUGUCAUGUACUAUGAUGAUGUGUCAGUGUGUUCUGAAUCCGGUCAAAGGUGUCUAUGAUGACAUUAGGCCUGGUCCUACAGGUGUAAGAUCAUGCUUGGUAGGUGGAAACAAAAGCUUACAAAGACGAUGUAGAUGAUCCAGUGAGGUUAACAUACCGCUGGCAUUGGGGGAGGACAUUGAGGGGCAGGACAGUGAGACGUGUUGUUUUUGUUUGUGCGAUAACAUGUUCUCAAUGAUAGUUUGAGAAGUAAAGACACAUUUCCCUGUGGUGUGUUUAAGAGUGUCUUUCGCACACAUAUGCACAAACCAAAUCGUAUUGGGUAUCUCAAGUUGUACGGUGUUGAUUGUUAACAUUCAUUCUUUAUGGUUUAAAUUCACAUUGUGAAUGAGCUGAUAAUUGAGGUGAUUCAUAGAGAUAGAUAGGUAAAUUGAUGUUUAUUAGGUAACCAAUUAAUAUGAAAUAUAUGGUGAAGCCUGCUGUGUUGUGAUUCACUCAAUGACGUCAUCAAACACAGGAUGCCACCAAACCAAUAAGUACGCAAUAAAAACUCUGUUUAAAGUUAA